AUCGUUUUCUAUAAAGAUUUGGUGUCACUUUUUUCUAUUUGAAAUAUAUAAAAUUGUUCGUGUAUUUUGUGACUUAUCGACAACCGACAGCCUUCUCAAAAUGGAUCUGGAGUUUCGAAACUUGUCGUACACGGUGUAUAAUAAAAUAGUAAGAGGAGUGGGGAAGCAAGUCGUCAAAGGCGUUAGUGGCAGGUUUAUGUCCGGUCAACUCAUUGCCAUUAUGGGUCCGUCUGGUGCCGGCAAGAGCUCUCUAUUGAAUGUCAUUUCAGGUUACAAGUCCGCAGGUGUAAGUGGCGAAUUACUAGUGAAUGGACAACCUCGUGACGAGCAGCUCUUCAAAAGAUCAUCAUGCUACAUAACACAAGAGGAUCUUCAUCAACCUCUCCUCACGGUUCGCGAAGCUAUGGACGUUGCAGCCAAGUUCAAACUUCCAAAGGGCGUGAAGAGACCAUCAGAAGAUAUUUUACAACAACUUGGUCUAUUAGAACAUCAGCAUACGAGGACAGACCAGUUAUCUGGAGGACAAAAGAAAAGAUUAUCGAUAGCACUGGAGCUGGUGAAUAAUCCACCAGUGUUUUUCCUUGACGAGCCUACGAGUGGUUUGGACACAGUCACAACAGUUCAGUGUGUGAAGUUGUUGAAGCAGUUGGCGCGGCAAGGAAGAACCGUCGUGUGCACCAUUCAUCAGCCUGCUGCUUCUCUUUUCGAAAUAUUUGAUCAGGUAUACGUAUUAGCUGAUGGGCGUUGUAUUUACCAGGGCGACACAGACGCUAUGGUACCAUAUUUAAGCAGCGUUGGCUUAUCCUGUCCAAGACAUCAUAAUCCAGCAGAUUUCAUUAUCGAAGUAACAGAAAACCCACAUAACACAAAGAUGUUGUGCGAUGAAAUAUUAAAUGGGCGCAUUUAUAAAUCAACUAAAAUGGACACAACUAUAAACGAACCAAUCAACAACAUGCAGCUGAAAAUCUGUUAUCAAAUCGAAGACGAGUCAGGAGAGACGGAAAUCGUUUUAUCGAAUGAUAAAUGUACUUUUAAAGUGAAACAGUUAAAUGAGAUAAGUAAUUCGACGACGUCAUUGGAUCAAAUAUCGAGAGAUGAUUCGUCAUUGGCUUGGAUGAAAAUACAGGAAUCGACACAUCAAUACCCUACGACGUAUUUCCAACAGUUUUCGAUACUUCUGCGUCGAAUGUUGUUACAAAUAUCAAGAAAUAGACAAGCUUUAUGGAUCCAAAGCAUACACCACGUGAUGUGCGCUGUGUUAAUAGGCCUGUGUUUUUUCGACACGGCCAACGACGGCACCCAGAUGUUUAACCACUUGAAGAUGUGUGUAGGUCUUGUGAUAUUCUUCUCGUAUACGCAAAUCAUGGUACCAGUGCUUGUAUAUCCUGAGGAAGUUAAACUAGUGAAGAAAGAACAUUUCAACAGUUGGUACAGCCUCUUACCGUACUAUGCUGCGUUGACGGUCUCGAAAUUGCCAGUCCAAGUAACCUUAAAUAUGAUAUUUUGUACGAUCGUAUUUUUUAUGGUGGGAGUUCCCUUUAGUGCUGCUAGAUUUAUAGUUUUCUGUAUUGUUGGCAACACUGUUUCUUUAGUGUCUGAAGGACUUGGAAUGGCAAUUGGAUCUGUUUUUAGCGUGAGCAAUGGCUGCGCAAUCGGUCCAGCUGCCAUCGCACCAUUCCUUGGUCUUGCCAUCUACGGCUUCGACUUCGCCCACAGGAUCCCUCUCCUCAUGAACAUUAUCAUGAAAACUUCCUUCAUCAGAUGUGGUGUGGUCGCUAUGGUACUUACCGUUUUUGGCUUUGGUAGAAAACCACUGGAAUGUACCGACGUCUAUUGCCAUUUCGCUAAACCAGACGUUUUGAAGCAGUAUCUAGAUAUAGAAAACAGUUCAGUUUGGCUAGAAAUUCUCAUCAUGGUAAGCAUCAUGAUAUCUGUAAGAUUCCUCUGUUAUAUGGGGCUCAGAUAUCGCUUUGCGACGUGAUUCACAAAUUUUAAUACUAACGUUUAAAUUUACGUCAUAAUCUAAUGGGACGUCAGUACAAACUGUUCUAUGUGAUAGAUUUAUUUAAUGUUUGAAAUGUAUUCUGUUAUAGGGAAUAUGUCUCGCCAAAGAUUUUUUAUGAUUGUUAAAACGAAUUAAUAAUAGAUUUGGUCCAAGUGAACAUCAAGAUGUUGGAAUAGCUUAUCCAGUUAUAACUUAACAAUAUAUAUAUACACAACAGGAAAUGUUAAACUCAGUUGGAAGUUUUUCUCACAAUUCUUUUUUUGUUAUGAGGUUGAGUGAGAUAUUUUUUGGGUAUGUGAAGGUACACACGGGUGUGAUGAGUUUAUGUACGAGACUCGUAGA